AACUCCCUUUUCUACUGCAAUAUAUAUAUCUUUCUAAAACCAAGAAGAAAUAAAAAGCAAACACUAAAAUGCAAAUUUUAAGGUCUUCAAUUUUGUUCUUAUCCUUUUCAUUCCUUGUGUUUUUUUCUUCUGCAUCUUCUUCAGCUCCUGAAAAUUUCUUGCAAUGUCUUCUCCGACACUCUCCACCAUCGUACCCCAUCGCUCCGGCGAUCUUUACUCCAAACAAUGCUUCUUAUUCCUCUGUUCUUGAGACUUACAUUAGAAACUUGAGAUUCAACACUUCAACAACUCCUAAACCAUUCCUCAUUCUCACUGCUCUCCAUGAAUCUCAUGUUAAAGUUGCUAUUCUUUGUGCUCGAAUCCAUAAUCUUCAGAUGAAGAUUCGUAGCGGCGGCCAUGAUUACGAAGGCGUUUCUUACGUCUCCGACGUCGUCCCUUUCUUCGUACUCGAUAUGUUCAACCUACGAGAGAUAACGGUUGAUGCCAAAACCGAGACCGCUUGGGUCCAAACCGGAGCAACUCUAGGAGAAGUGUAUUAUAGAGUUGCUGAGAAAAAUAAGUCCUACGGCUUUCCCGCCGGCGUGUGCCCAACGGUGGGGGUCGGCGGUCAUUUUGGUGGUGGCGGCUAUGGUAACAUGAUGAGAAAACACGGCCUCUCGGUAGAUCAAAUAAUCGAUGCAAAGAUUAUCGACGUCAAUGGAAAACUCCUUGACCGAAAGGCAAUGGGGGAGGAUCUAUUUUGGGCCAUUAUAGGCGGUGGAGGAUCUAGCUUCGGUGUGGUGGUAGCAUACAAAAUCCGAAUGGUUCGUGUGCCGGAGAGGGUAACGGUGUUUCGAGUACAAAGAACAUUGGAACAAAAUGAGUUAACGGAGAUUGUAGAUGAGUGGCAACAGGUGGCACAUGUGAUUGACAAUGAUUUGUUCAUAAGAGUAACGUUUGACGUUGUGAAUGGAACAGACAAGGAAAAAAAGACAUUGAGAGCUACGUUUAUAGCCUUAUUCCUAGGAGAUUCCGGAAGGCUUUUGUUUGUCAUCAACAACAGUUUUCCUAAACUUGGUUUGAAGAAAUCUGAUUGCAUUGAAAUGAGUUGGCUUCAAUCUGUGCUCUUUUGGACUAAUUUCCCUCUAGGCACAUCAGUGGAAGCCCUACUAUCCAGAACCCCACAAGUACUGACCCAUCUAAAAAGAAAGUCAGAUUAUGUAAAAGCCCCAAUUCCAAAGGAAGGACUCGACAAAAUAUGGAAGAAAAUGAUAGAACUUGAAAAACCCAUGAUGACAUUUAACCCUUAUGGUGGAAGAAUGGCAGAAAUUCCAUCGAAUGCAACUCCAUUUCCUCAUAGAGCUGGAAACUUAUGGAAGAUUCAAUAUGCAACAAAUUGGGAUGAAGAAGGAAAAAGAGAAGCCAAACAUUUUAUUGAUUUGACAAGGAAACUCUACAAGUUUAUGACACCAUUUGUGUCAAAAAAUCCCAGAACUGCCUUUUUGAACUAUAGAGAUCUUGAUAUUGGUGUAAAUCACAAUGGGAAGAAUAGUUACUAUGAAGGAAGAGUUUAUGGCAUUAAAUACUUUGAAGGUAACUUUGAGAGGUUGGUGAAGAUCAAGACCAAGGUUGAUCCUCACAACUUUUUUAGGAAUGAACAAAGCAUUCCUAGGUUUCCUCAUGUUUGAAGAUAGAAAAUGAUUGAUUGUGUGUUAUUGUUUCUCUUUUGUUGUUUUCUUUGUUCAUUGUCAUUUCAACAUUAACUUUUUCUUUUCUAAAUAAUAUAAAGUGUGUAAGUUAUAUA